CGUACAAUUAGCAUUAGAAAACAAUAAUUAAGGUUCAUAAUCUAACAAGAAAGAUAAUGCAUAAUCUACCAAGAAAGAUUAUGCAGUUUCUUGAUUAAACCUAUCUACCAUAUUUCUUCUCCAAUUCUUCUUCUCUUAGAAUAUUUGGUUGAUGAGACAAAAUUACUAACAAAAAAAUGGCUAAAAGAUGUUUAUCUCCAUUUCCUUCAUCUUUUGCAUUUCUUUAUAUAAUCACUGCUUUUUUUGUUGUCUCCUUAUUUACCUUACUAUAUCUCAGGUACCCACAACAAUAUAUUAGUGAUCACUUUGAUUAUCACAAUUUAAUUAAGCUUGAUACAGCAACAUUUUCGUUUUCGAGCAACGAUUUUACUACCUCUUUACUGUUGUCAGAUUCCCAACUUUCACCACCUCCUGUUGUUGAAAAACCAGCAACAGUUGUUCAAGAAGAAAAAAAUGAAGAAGAUGAUGAUAAUGAAGAGGAGUCUAUUGUAGUGUCAAUUGACCCUCUUUCAUUUCCUCCGAAUAUCACCAACAAGGAAGAAAGGAUGGAGUGGAUGAAGCAGAAGCUACAGGAGUCUACUAUACUCGAGUCGACGACAAGAACGAGAAGAUUUGAUCAGAAAAUACAGCAGUUCAUCAGUACAAAAGCAUGCAGUGGAUACAUUUUCAUGACUUGGAUAUCUUCCAAUAGAUUUUUUGGUAAGCGCGAGUUGUUCUCCCUAGAGAGUGUUGUUAAGGCACACCCUCAUGGGUGUGUCAUUAUAUUCUCUAGGAUUAUGGCCUCAAAACAAGGCCGCGAAAUUAUUAAACCACUACUAGAGCGCGGGCAUAACAUACUGCCGGUGGCUCCAGAUUUCUCACUUCUCUUUCAGGGCACCCCUGCUCAAGACUGGCUCAAAAGACUUAAAGAUGGUAAGCUUGAUCCAGGGAAAAUCCCAAUUGCUCAAAAUCUUUCAAAUCUUUUAAGGCUCGUGAUCCUCUAUAAGUACGGUGGGGUGUACUUAGACACGGAUAUGAUCAUCCUUAAGGAUGUUUCGAGGUUACGAAACUCCAUUGGAAUACAAGAAAUAGAUGAGAAAAAAAAUACAUGGAGUUCAGUGAAUAAUGCAGUGUUGAUCUUUGACAAAGAACAUCCACUUUUGUUAAGGUUCAUGGAAGAAUUUAAUUCGACUUUUGAUGGAAGUCUUUGGGGACAUAAUGGACCUCAUAUGGCUAGUAGGAUUAUAAAGAAAGUUGUCAAUGAUACAAGGUACAAAAUCAAUGUGAUGUCUCCUAUGGCAUUUUAUCCUGUUACUUGGUUUAGGAUUUUUAAGUUUUACAGAAAAAUAUCGGUUAGUGAUGAAUGGGCUAAAGAAAUGUUGAACAAGGUUAACAAUGAGUCUUAUGGUGUUCAUCUAUGGAACAAAGUUAGUCAAAGUUUGAAGAUUGAAGAAGGUAGUAUUAUUGGAAGGUUAAUUUCUGAACAUUGUAUCAUAUGUCAAGAUGUAUAUGCUUCAUGA